CGACAGGCUGUUGUUUAUCUUGGGUUAGUAAUAAACCAACCGUACAUUGAAAUUGUUGCAGCUUGCUUCCUGGUUCGUUUCUACUUCUGCGGUGGUCUUGCUGGGACUGUCACAUGCCAGGUAGUAGUUGUGAAAUCACUGCACUGAUAUCGCCAGUGAGCUUGUACUAGUCACAAAAUAACCUACUGUGACUUUCUUUGGCUACUACUGUGCAGAUGCCACCACUGGCAAGGGCGAGUGGCAAAGGGACAAAAAGGUAAGUGCAUUUAAUAAUUGGCACAGCGUCAUGAAAGGUGAUACAUUGGUCCAAAUGCAUCCGCUGGCUGCUGGUGUGUGUGUGUGUGUGUGUGUGUGUAUUGGCUUGAUGUUUUAUAGUGAUUAUAUGGACUAUUUCAGUUCGUCGACAUUGACAAUAGAAUAUUGAUAUAUUUACAUAGCAGGCUCCAUAAUGUACAUAGCUAAUCUAUUACGGCUGGACCUGUUGCGAUGCCUUGUCAUGAGCAGAAAUGUUCAUGUUCAGUUCAGCUAGCCAAAGCAAUAGUCUACUAUUAGCUGCUGGGAACUCCUGUUUGACCAGCUCACGGUGUUUUGAGAUGGGUAGCUGGUAUGGUGCUAGUAGCUGGUUGGAUCAGCUAAAACCAGCUCUGACCACCUCCCAGCUCUAGCUGGUUUGACCAUCUACUAUGACAGGACCCACAAAACAUGUAGCUUAUGAUUUGAACUCUGGUUCCUAAUACAUGUGUAUAACAUUUCUCUCUCUCUCUGUCUGUCUGUCUGUGUGUGUGUGUGUGUGUGUGUGUGUGUGUGUGUGUGUGUGUGUGUGUGUGUGUGUGUGUGUGUGUGUGACCGAGAAGGCCCAAACUAGACUGGAGGUUUGUCCAGAGGUUCUGCAGCAUCCAGAGGGUUCUCUUCCCAUCAUGGUCCAGUCAGAACGUACUGAUGUUGGGGACGUUGGUGGGAGUCACACUCACAGGUGUGGUCAGCUUUUAAGUGAUGGGUCACGUUAUGUUCACAAGUGAAUGGGAAAGAUAGGCACCAUCUUAACUAAUGAAAUGAGACUGUGCCUAUUCAUACGGGGUUGAGGUAAACAGUAUACUCCAAUAAAGUGAUUAGUGAUCAAACGAGUGUGGGAGAGAUCAGUAAAUGGUGUGGUUGGCAAGAGAAGUGGGCGGCAGGUAUCUUAGUGGGUAAGAGCGUUGUGCCAGUAACCGAAAGGUCGCUGGUUCUAAUCCCCGAGCCGACUAGGUGAAAAAUCUGUCGAUGUGCCCCUUGAGCAAGGCACUUAACCCUAAUUGCUCCUGUAAGUCGCUCUGGAUAAGAGCGUCUGCUAAAUGACUAAAAUAAAAUAAAUAAAUAAAUAAGUAAUGAUGUCCACAAGAAUGUGCCCUAUCUGCCCCCUAGAUAAAUGAAGACGUAUUGGGUGAACUGAAGACAACAUCAGUCAGGUUAUUAGGUUAACCUCUCUAUAUUGACUGAUGGCUGUCAAACCCUCAGGAGCUUAGUGCUCUUGAUAUCAGAUAGAGGAAGGGGGUUACGUUUGCAAGACUAUUGAUGACUAUUGUAUUGUUCUCUAAGUGACUUUUAUCUAUGAAUCAAUCACACAGGCACAAUGCAAGGCUGCAGCUAGGGUUGCAAAAUCUUUAUCACUUUAAAAUAAAGUUCCCCUGUUUUUUUUUCAAAAAUCCUAGCUGGAAUAUUCCUGGAAUCUGAAGGGAAUAAGCAUAAGCUUUCUAAGAUUUCUGGAAAAACUGGGUAUUUUUGUGAAGUUAUGGGCCUUUUUGCAAGCCUAACUAAAGCCUUAUCUCUUCAAGAGAUGAGCUGCACCUGUUUCUUUUGUUUUACAAGCCACGUCUAAGCAAAUGGCAGUAAAUUCCCUUUUAUAGUGCACUACUUUUGACCAGAACCCUUGUCAAAAGUAGUGCACUAUAAAGGGAAUAAGGUGCAAUUUGAGACGCAGCCUCACAGUUUGCCGACUCAUCUUCUCUCUCCUCAGAACAGCUGAUCAUUUACCAAGUGGGAGUCAUUCCCAGUCAGUUCUAUGAGGUCCUAUCUGACAAGGACUAUGGAGCGUUCAAGAACCUCGCAGGGUUGGCCUUCCUGCUUAUACUGCUCAACUCCACGGUGAGUAGUUCACUAGUUCUCAAGAGCGUCGACCAGUUCCCUAGUUCUCAAGAGCGUCGACCAGUUGCCACCUUCACCAGUGCAAUCAACCUGAAGCCAUUUUUAUUUGAUAACUUUUUAUACUCACACCAACCCAUUCACGUUUUACCCCAGCUGACAACAAACGAUCCCACAACUUUAGAGAACGUUGCCUAACGUUUUCAUAGGAAUGUCCCAGUGAUGUGCAAGGACUGUUUCCAAGAGGCCAUUCCCUUAAUGUCAAACAGAACAGACAAAGAGCUGUGAAUGGAUCAGUGGUUCACCAAUCAGGGCCUAGAUGGGCUUGGCAACAGUAACAAGGGGUGAUGUGUAAUGAAGAAAAAACUAAUCUGGGGGAAAAUGUCUCUUGGGGACCAUCAGCGACGUCCUAAAAAUGUCUUUAGGGACGUCACCGGAACAUGUCGGGAACUAGACUGUCACGAUCGUCUAAGGAAGCGGACCAAGGCGCAGCGUGUUUAGCGAACAUGUUGACUUUAUUAAAUUAAAGCAACCACGAAACAACAAAACAAAUGACGAUACGUGAAGUCCAAAAGUGACAAUGACUGAACAGGAACAAAAACCCACAAACACAAGGUGAACACAGACAGUUUAAAUAUGGCUCCCAAUCAGAGAUAACGAGCCGACAGCUGACACUCGUUACCUCCGAUUGGGAGUCACUUGACCAAACACGGAAAACACAACCAAUGACAACCCAACCACACAAAACACAACCAAACGAACACACCCUGGCUCAAAAUACAAAGUCCCGGAGCCAGAGCGUGACAGUACCCCCCCCUAAAGGCGCGGACUGCGACCGCGCCUCAAAAACCCCAAACAGGGGAGGGCUGGGUGGGCAUUACUCCUCGGAGGCGGCUCCGGCUCCGGGCUUGACCACCACCCUUCUUCAAUCCCCCCGUAGCGCCCCCGGUCCGAUCUGACCCAGCUGGUAGGAUCUGGACUGACGACGCGCACCCCUGGCUUGGCGCGUGAGGCAGGAACGGACCGGACCUGACAGACGAUACGCACCCUAGGCUUGAUGCGUGGAGCCGGAACGGGCCUCACCAGGCUGACGACUCGCAUCCCUGGCUUGGUGCGAGUAGUAGGAAUGGGCUGGAUCAGGCUGACGGCUCGCACCCUUGGCUUGGUGCGAGUAGCAGGGACGAGCUGAACCAGGCUGACGACUCGCACCCUUGGCUUGGUGCGAGUAGCAGGAACGGGCUGGACCAGGCCGACGACUCGUACCCCUGGCUUGGUGCGAGUAGCAGGAACGGGCUGGACCAGGCUGACGACUCGCACCCUUGGCUUGGUGCGAGUAGCAGGAACGGGCUGGACCAGGCUGACGACUCGCACCCUUGGCUUGGUGCGAGUAGCAGGAAACAGGUCGGGCUGGGCUGGCGACGCACACCGUAGGUUUUGUGCGUGGAGCAGGAACAGGCCGGGCUGGGCUGGCGACGCACACCGUAGGUUUUGUGCGUGGAGCAGGAACAGGCCGGGCUGGGGCUGGCGACGCACACCGUAGGUUCUGUGCGUGGAGCAGGAACAGGCCGGGCUGGGCUGGCGACGCACCCCGUAGGCUUGGUGCGUGGAGCAGGGAUAGGCCGGGCUGGGUUGGCAACGCACACCGUAGGCUUAGUGCGAGGAGCAGGAACAGGCCGGGCUGGGCUGGCGACGCACCCCGUAGGCUUGGUGCGUGGAGCAGGGAUAGGCCGGGCUGGGUUGGCAACGCACACCGUAGGCUUAGUGCGAGGAGCAGGAACAGGCCGGGCAGGGCUGCCGACGCACCCCAUAGGUUUGGUGCGUGGAGCAGGAACAGGCCGGGCUGGGCUGGCGACGCACACCAUAGGCUUUGUGCGUGGAACAGGAACAGGCCGGGUUGGGCUGGCGACGCACCCCGUAGGCUUGGUGCGUGGAGCAGGAACAGGCCGGGCUGGGCUGACGACGCACACCGUAGGCUUGAUGCGAGAGGCAGGAACAGGCCGGACAGGCCUGGCGACGCACACCGUAGGCUUGAUGCGAGAGGCAGGAACAGGCCGGGCUGGGCUGGCGACGCGCACCGUACACUUAGUGCGGGAAGCAGGAACGAGCCGGGCCGGGCUGGCGACGUGCACCGUACACUUAGUGCGGGAAGCAGGAACGAGCCGGACCGGACUGGUGACGCACACCACUUGCUUGGUGUGAGGAGCGGGACUGGGUUUCCUCAUUACCCUCCGCUCCCUCAGCUGCCUACCGAGUUCCUCUCGCCGUGCCUCGUUUCUCACCCUUUCCCUAAUCGCCUCUAAUAGCUCCAUCCUCUGCCACAUUAACUCCUGCUCCCUCUUCGCCAGUAGCCCCCUUAACCUGGUGGCCUCCUCACCUAAUCGCCCUGUGGCAGCCUCCUGCUGCCCAGUCGCCCAUGCCGUGUGCCCCCCCCUAAAAAAUUCUUGGGGGUGCCUCUCGUCCGUCCAACGAUGGCACUGCUGACGCCGCUGCUCCUCUCUUGUCCAGUCUGCCUGCUCCUGGACACGCUGCUUGGUCCUUUUUAGGUGGGUUUUUCUGUCACGAUCGUCUAAGGAAGCGGACCAAGGCGCAGCGUGUUUAGCGAACAUGUUGACUUUAUUAAAUUAAAGCAACCACGAAACAACAAAACAAAUGACGAUACGUGAAGUCCAAAAGUGACAAUGACUGAACAGGAACAAAAACCCACAAACACAAGGUGAACACAGACAGUUUAAAUAUGGCUCCCAAUCAGAGAUAACGAGCCGACAGCUGACACUCGUUACCUCCGAUUGGGAGUCACUUGACCAAACACGGAAAACACAACCAAUGACAACCCAACCACACAAAACACAACCAAACGAACACACCCUGGCUCAAAAUACAAAGUCCCGGAGCCAGAGCGUGACAUAGACGAAAACCUCCAAGUGACCUUGACAGAAUGUCCUAUGUUUUAAACGUCCUUGGACACAGGAACGUUCUUCCAAUGUUCCAAUGAAACGUGUCUAGAACAUUAAUAUAUGAUAUUCUGAGAACAUGGCAACUAUUGUCUGUGUAUGGUUUGGUGUGACGGAUGGACAAUUCGCCUAACCCUCCGAAAACUGGACACAUUAAUGUUCUCUGUAGCUCAGCUGGUAGAGCACGGCGCUUGUAACGCCAGGGUAGUGGGGUCGAUCCCCGAAACCACCCAUACGUAAAAAUGUAUGCGCACAUGACUGUAAGUCGCUUUGGAUAAAAGCGUCUGCUAAAUGGCAUAUUAUUAUAUAUUAUUAUUCUCGUAACAUCCCAUGAAAUUAAUUAAUAUUAAUAUUUUAUAUAUUAAUGUUAAUAAUGUCUAGAACAUUAACAUAGAAUAUUAUGAGAACAUGGUAACCACGUUCUGGGUAUGUUUUGUUUGACAUUGAGGGAAUGUUCUCCUAACUCUUAACGCCAAAACAUGCUCAAUAGGUUCUCUGGUGGUUUUUGCUAACAUACAUAGAAUGUUCCCCUAACUAACGGAAAACUGGACACUCACACAUCAAAAAAUGUUCUAUCCACCUAGAAUUGUUAGCUGGGAGUCUGGGACCAUGCUGAAAGGGACUGACUACAAUGUCAGCAAAUACACUUCAUUGACUGCUGUGUGACUGUUUUAUGAGGUCAGGUCAUUCCAAUCUCACUGUGUGUCAUAGGACCUGCCCUGAAAGUGCACUGUCAUUGAGUAAUCUAGGUGAAGUUGUCAUUCAGGAAUUGGGAAUCAAGGGAGAAAUUGUGUUAACUCAGCUGGACUGAACUUCAUAAGUUACAAAAUCAGCUAUUUUCUGAAUGUGAAGAUUCGACUUAUUGUCUUGAAAUUCACCCAACCAAUUUGAAUACAGGCUAAAUACAUGUUUCUCUCUCUCUCUCUCUCUCCUAGUUGAAGAGUGUGGACCAGUAUAUCUGCAGUGUGAUGUCUGUGAGUUGGAGGAAGUCUUUAACAGAGAGUCUCCACAGAGCUUACUUCCAGGGCAGGGUCUACUACUCACUCAACGUGCUCAGAGAGGACAUCGAUAACCCGUACGCACACACACACACGCACGCACGCACGCACGCACGCACGCACGCACACACACACACACACACACACACACACACACUGACAUAGUCUCAACCUCUCCUCUCUCAAUCAUUAGACAAUUUACAGAUUUGAAGUGCGUGUGUGUUUUUGCGUCCGUCUGAUUUAAAUGUGUGUGUGUUUCCAGAGACCAGCGGAUCAGUCAGGACACAGAGAGGUUAUGUAAACAGAUGAGUACCAUGGCCAGCAGACUGAUCAUCUCUCCAUUCACCCUGGUCUACUACACCUACCAAUGUUACUACAGGUUAGUACCCUGAUCUACUACACCUACCAAUGUUACUACAGGUUAGUACCCUGAUCUACUACACCUACCAAUGUUACUACAGGUUAGUACCCUGGUCUACUACACCUACCAAUGUUACUACAGGUUAGUACCCUGAUCUACUACACCUACCAAUGUUACUACAGGUUAGUACCCUGAUCUACUACACCUACCAAUGUUACUACAGGUUAGUACCCUGAUCUACUACACCUACCAAUGUUACUACAGGUUAGUACCCUGAUCUACUACACCUACCAAUGUUACUACAGGUUAGUACCCUGGUCUACUACACCUACCAAUGUUACUACAGGUUAGUACCCUGGUCUACUACACCUACCAAUGUUACUACAGGUUAGUACCCUGAUCUACUACACCUACCAAUGUUACUACAGGUUAGUACCCUGAUCUACUACACCUACCAAUGUUACUACAGGUUAGUACCCUGGUCUACUACACCUACCAAUGUUACUACAGGUUAGUACCCUGGUCUACUACACCUACCAAUGUUACUACAGGUUAGUACCCUGAUCUACUACACCUACCAAUGUUACUACAGGUUAGUACCCUGAUCUACUACACCUACCAAUGUUACUACAGGUUAGUACCCUGGUCUACUACACCUACCAAUGUUACUACAGGUUAGUACCCUGGUCUACUACACCUACCAAUGUUACUACAGGUUAGUACCCUGGUCUACUACACCUACCAAUGUUACUACAGGUUAGUACCCUGAUCUACUACACCUACCAAUGUUACUACAGGUUAGUACCCUGAUCUACUACACCUACCAAUGUUACUACAGGUUAGUACCCUGAUCUACUACACCUACCAAUGUUACUACAGGUUAGUACCCUGAUCUACUACACCUACCAAUGUUACUACAGGUUAGUACCCUGAUCUACUACACCUACCAAUGUUACUACAGGUUAGUACCCUGGUCUACCUAUGAGGUACUAAGCUCCUCAGUCUGAUUUGAAUUGGGAAAUUGUCAUUGAAUAAAUUUGCAUAGACAUGACAUGGAUUAGUACUAAUGUUGAUAUGUUAAUUGGUAAGGUUUGGUAUGUGGUUAGCAUGGAAAGCAACAGAAUAGGUUAGGUUUGGUAUGUGGUUAGCAUGGAAAGGUUAGCUGACAAAAAAAGAGAUGUAUGAAUUUUCUAUCCAUCAUUCAUGUCCCAAUCGUCUCCCCUAAUCCCCCUCAAUCUCCGCCCUUUCCCCCCUCAUCUACCACUGUCACACCUCCAUGUCCCCUAAUUCCUGCGGACGCUCCAUCUCCCCCUUUCCCCCCCUCCAUCUACCCCAUACCUUAUCCCCCUCCAUCUCCCCUCAUCCCCAUCUCUCCUCUCCCCCUCCAUCCUCCCCUCAUCCCCUCCAUCUCUCACCCCUCAUCCCCUCCAUCUCCAUCUGCCCCCUCCAUCGUCCCCCUCAUCCCCUCCAUCUCCCCCAUCUAUCCCCAUCCAUCCCAUCUCACCCCCUAACCCACCCUCCACCCCCACCCUCUCCCCCUCAAUCCCCACUCCAUCUCACCCUAUCCCCCCAGCAACCCAGCUGACCCCCCAAUAACCCCCCUCCAUCUCCACCCCAUCCCCAUCACAUACCCCAUCCCCCUCCACCCGCCCCUCAUGCGCCACCACGACCACUCACCAGCCCUCAACAUACUACCCCUCAUGCCCCCCCAUCCAUCUCCAUCUCCCCCUCCAUCUCCCCCUUCAUCUCCCUCUCAUCCCCCCUCCAUCUCCCCCUCCAUCUCCCCCUUCAUCUCCCCCUCCAUCCCCCUCUCCUGCUCUUACCCCUCUCCCCUGUAGCACUGGCUGGAUCGGUCCUGUUAGUAUCUUUGGCUACUUCAUAGUCGGGACUAUCACCAAUAAAAUCCUCAUGGGGCCAAUUGUGUCAACUCUGUUUGAACAGGAGAAACUGGAGGGAGACUUCAGGUACAGGAAUGAUAUAUACACCCUCUCUGUUUGUAUGUAAUUGGCAAACAUACUGCCAAAUGUGUUACCUUGUAAUAUUAUAGAUAAAUAGGAUAUGGGACAUGAUGUGCUGUCAUUUCACGUGACAUUUUUAAGUGAAGUGACCUCUGACGUGACUUUGGGUUUUUACUUCCAGGUUCAAGCACAUGCAAAUCCGGUCCAACGCAGAGUCUGCUGCCUUCUACAGGUCAGUGAAACACAAGUGAGCCACAUGGGUUGGACUGUGAUAUGAUCUAUCCGUCUUGUGUCUAUGCAUUAAGAUUUAGUGGUCUGUGCUGUUGGAGCUGAAUACAGAGCUGGUAAGACUUAGAAAGGUAAAUCAAAUCAAAUUUUAUUGGCCACAUGCGCCGAAUACAACAGGUGCAGACAUUACAGUGAAAUGCUUACUUACAGCCCUUAACCAACAGUGUAUUUAUUUUUAAUAAAAAAAGUAGAAUAAAACAACAAAAAAGUGUUGAGAAAAAAAGAGCAGAAGUAAAAUAAAAUAACAGUAGGGAGGCUAUAUAUACAGGGGGGUACCGUUGCAGAGUCAAUGUGCGGGGGCACCGGCUAGUUGAGGUAGUUGAAGUAAUAUGUACAUGUGGGUAGAGUUAAAGUGACUAUGCAUAAAUAAUUAACAGAGUAGCAGCAGCGUAAAAGGGUGGGGGUGGGGGGGCAGUGCAAAUAGUCUGGGUAGCCAUGAUUAGCUGUUCAGGAGUCUAAUGGCUUGGGGGUAGAAGCUGUUGAGAAGUCUUUUGGAAUACCUGUCAAUUUGUGGAAAAAUCACCCUGAUGAACUCUUUAGUAUUAUCCCAGUUUACCUAUUUGCUUAUGGCUUUGCCUACGCCUAGCGAACAGUUUUUUAAAUGAUAUGAGAAAAAAAUAUUCCAUUUUAUUUGGAACGGCAAGCCAGACAAAAUUAAACAGGCCUAUUUAUAUAAUGAAUAUGAAUUCGGAGGACAGAAAUUAUUAAAUAUUAAAGCAGUAGACCUAUCACUAAAAGCUUCAGUCAUACAAAAGUUAUACUUAAAUCCGAACUGGUUCUCUAGCAAAUUAGUAAGAUUGUCUCACCCAAUGUUCAAGAAUGGCCUUUUUACCUUUAUUCAGAUUACAACCUCUCACUUUCAGUUAUUUGAAAAGGAGAUCAUCUCCCAAAUAUCACUAUUUCUAAAACAAGCCAUAGAAAGUUGGUUGCAAUUCCAAUUUAAUCCUCCAGAAACGACAGAACAAAUAAUGCAACAAAUAUUGUGGUUAAACUCAAAUAUACUAAUUGACAAAAACCCUUUUUUUUUUGACAACAUAAAAAAAAAGGUAUAAUCUUUGUAAAUGAUAUCAUCGGUAGGACUGGUGGAGUUAUGUCGCACAUGCAGCUAACAAAAACAUAUGGAAAUGUCUGCUCUACCCAAAAUUACAACCAAAUAAUUGCAGCCUUACCACAAAAAUGGAAGAGGAAAGUGGAAGUGGGAGAAAGUAAGGAACUUGUCUGUCGGCCUUGCAAUUAAAGAACAUAAUUGGUUAAAGAAAACUGUGAUAAAUAAAAAAGUAUAUCAGUGUAAUUUAAGGACCAAAGGAUUGACAGCCGUCCCAUAUAGAUUGCAAAAUAGUUGGGAAGAGAUUUUUGACGUACCGAUCCCAUGGCAUAGUGUUUAUGAACUGAUACGCAAAACGACACCGGAUUCAAAACUUAUAAUCUUUCUAUUUAAAUUAUUAUAUAAAAUUCUUGCUACCAACAUAAUGUUAUUUAUAUGGGGGAUACAAUCUUCCCAGCUCUGCAGAUUUUGCUGCGAAGAGACAGAAUCAUUAGAUCAUUUGUUUUGGUACUGUCCAUUUGUAGCUUGUUUUUGGUCACAGGUCCAGGAAUGGCUAAAGGAUUGCAAUAUUUACCUGGAGCUAACCCUGCAGAUAGCAUUACUGGGUGAUCUGAAAAGUCAUAGUCAAUCAAUCAAUAACAUAAUAAUACUUUUAGCAAAAAUGUUUAUUUUCGGUUCGCAAUCUGUAGAAACAAUGAUAAUAGAAAGGUUCAGAACUUUUGUAAGACAUCACAGUACAGUUGAAAUAUAUAUGGCAAAUAGAAAUCCUAUAAGGAUGGUGUUAAAAGAUAGAUGGGAGGUGUUGAAUGGAAUUGAAGGAUGGGACUAAUAACAACUAACAACAAAUAAUAACAAGAUAACUAAUAAUGUAAGCAUACUGUGUCCAUAAUAAGUAUAUAGGUUGUAGGUUGGGAGCUUUUGUGAAAGAGCACAGUUAGAAAGAUAUGGCAUAUAGAAGCGAACCGGAUGGACAUCAUGAAAAUGAUCGGAGAGGUUGAGAGUAGAGGAAGUUCAGGAGAAAAAAACAAACAAAAUAUAAUGAUUGUAAAAUUGACUGUGUCCAUAAAAUGUAGAUAGUAGGUAUAAGCUGGAAGUAGAGGCCUAAGCAUUGUUGUUCACUAGUUUACUCCAAGUAGGGAAGGGGUGGUGGGGUUGGAAAGUAAUAAAGGGGAAUAUAUAUAUAUUUUUAAAGGAUAUGUAUGUGUAUGUAUGUAUGUAUGUAUGUGUGUAUAUAUAUAUAUAUAUAUAUAUAUAUAUAUAUAUAUAUAUACAUGGGGGAUUGGAAGUGAUGCAGACAAUUUCAUUGAUGGAAGUUACAAUCUAUCUGCAAUAUGAAGCUGAUCUACCCCCCCCAAAAAAAAAAAAUACUUAGUGGUCUGUGCUGUUGAACCUGAAUACAGAGCUGGUAAGGUGGAACACAUGAGGACAGACAGGAGACUGCAGACCCUGCUGCGCUGCCAGAAGAGUCUGAUGAACAAAGAACUCUGGCUGUACAGUAAGGACACACACCUGCAUGUACACACACACACACACACACACACACACACACACACACGUACGUCUGAUUGUGUUUAAAAUGACAUUUGAGUUCUCUAGAAUUCUCCAAAUGCAAAUGGUGGGAUCUAAACAACUCUUUUCUCCCCUCUCCUCCUCUCCUCUGUUCUGCUGUCCUCUCCUCUCUCAGUUGGAGUGAACACCUUUGACUACCUGGGUGGUAUCCUCAGCUACAUUGUUAUCUCCAUCCCCAUCUUCACUGGUGUUUAUGACAACCUCAGUCCAGGGGAGCUCAGUGCUCUCAUCAGUAAGGUACAGUAGUCCAGGGGAGCUCAGUGCUCUCAUCAGUAAGGUACAGUAGUCCAGGGGAGCUUAGUGCUCUCAUCAGUAAGGUACAGUAGUCCAGGGGAGCUCAGUGCUCUCAUCAGUAAGGUACAGUAGUCCAGGGGAGCUCAGUGUCCUCAUCAGUAAGGUACAGUAGUCCAGGGGAGCUCAGUGCUCUCAUCAGUAAGGUACAGUAGUCCAGGGGAGCUCAGUGCUCUCAUCAGUAAGUUACAGUAGUCCAGGGGAGCUCAGUGCUCUCAUCAGUAAGGUACAGUAGUCCAGGGGAGCUCAGUGCUCUCAUCAGUAAGGUACAGUAGUCCAGGUGACAGUGUCCUCAUCAGUAAAGUACAGUAGUCCAGGGGACAGUGUCCUCAUCAGUAAGGUACAGUAGUCCAGGGGAGCUCAGUGCUCUCAUCAGUAAGGUACAGUAGUCCAGGGGACAGUGUCCUCAUCAGUAAAGUACAGUAGUCCAGGGGACAGUGUCCUCAUCAGUAAGGUACAGUAGUCCAGGGGACAGUGUCCUCAUCAGUAAGGUACAGUAGUCCAGGGGACAGUGUCCUCAUCAGUAAGUUACAGUAGUCCAGGGGAGCUCAGUGUCAUCAUCAGUAAGGUACAGUAGUCCAGGGGACAGUGUCCUCAUCAGUAAGUUACAGUAGUCCAAGGGAGCUCAGUGUCCUCAUCAGUAAGGUACAGUAGUCCAGGGGAGCUCAGUGCUCUCAUCAGUAAGGUACAGUAGUCCAGGUGACAGUGCUCUCAUCAGUAAGGUACAGUAGUCCAGGGGACAGUGUCCUCAUCAGUAAUGUACAGUAGUCCAGGGGACAGUGUCCUCAUCAGUAAUGUACAUUAGUCUAGGGGACAGUGUCCUCAUCAGUAAGGUACAGUAGUCCAGGGGAGCUCAGUGCUCUCAUUAGUAAGGUACAGUAGUCCAGGGGACAGUGUCCUCAUCAGUAAGUUACAGUAGUCCAGGGGAGCUCAAUGUCCUCAUCAGUAAGGCACAGUAGUCCAGGGGACAGUGUCCUCAUCAGUAAGGUACAGUAGUCCAGGGGACAGUGUCCUCAUCAGUAAGUUACAGUAGUCCAGGGGAGCUCAGUGUCCUCAUCAGUAAGGUACAGUAGUCCAGGGGAGCUCAGUGCUCUCAUCAGUAAGGUACAGUAGUCCAGGGGACAGUGUCCUCAUCAGUAAGGUACAGUAGUGCAGGGGAGCUCAGUGCUCUCAUCAGUAAGGUACAGUAGUCCAGGGGAGCUCAGUGCUCUCAUCAGUAAGUUACAGUAGUCCAGGGGACAGUGUCCUCAUCAGUAAGGUACAGUAGUCCAGGGGAGCUCAGUGUCCUCAUCAGUAAGUUACAGUAGUCCAGGGGACAGUGUCCUCAUCAGUAAGGUACAGUAGUCCAGGGGAGCUCAGUGCUCUCAUCAGUAAGGUACAGUAGUCCAGGGGACUGUCACUAUCUUUUCCCCUCUCUCUCCACAGUUGACUUGUUGUCUCUGUGGUCCUCUGUGGUCCUCUGUGGUCCUCUGUAGCUCAGCUGGUAGAGCACGGCGCUUGUAACGCCAAGGUAGUGGGUUCGAUCCCCGGGACCACCCAUACACAAAAAAAAAAAGAAUGUAUGCACGCAUGACUGUAAGUCGCUUUGGAUAAAAGCGUCUGCUAAAUGGCAUAUUAUUAUUGUCUCUAUGCCCUCAGUAUUGUCAUUACAGCCUCUGUCCUCUGGGUGGCAGUAUAUAAUGUACCAUCUGAUUUACUUUAAAAAGGUCUCUGUAUGUAAUGUCCUGUCCUGGACAGGAAGAGAACAGAGCAGGUGUAUAGGUUCAAGGAGUUCCUGAACUGGGGGACCUUUAUACUCCUUUUGUCAAUACUUUCUCUUAUUCUGCCUUGCAGUGUUUGACCCCAUAGUCACAAAUCUCUCUCUCUUCCUCUGUCUCUCUCUCUUCCUCUGUCUCUCUCUCUCUUCCUCUGUCUCUCUCUCUUCCUCUGUCUCCCUCUCUCUUCCUCUGUCUCUCUCUCUCCUCUUCUCUCUCUCUCUUCUCUGUCUCUCUCUCCUCUGUCUCUCUCUCUCUUCUCCUCAUGUAUCUCUUCUCUCUUCUCUGUCUCUCUCUCUCUUCUCUGUCUCUCUCUCUCUUCUCUGUCUCUCUCCUCCUUCCUCUGUGCUAUCUUAUUUCCUCUGUGUCUCUCUCUUCUUCUCUGUCUCUCUUCUCUUUCUCUGUCUCUCCUCUUCCUCUGUCUUCUCUCUCUUCCUUGUUCUCAAUCUUCUUCUCUGUAUCUCUCUCUCUUCCUCUGUCUCUCUAUCUCUUUACUGUUCUCUUCUCUUCCUCUGUCUCUCUCUCUCUUCCUCUGUCUCUCUCUCUCUUCCUCUGUCUCUCUCUCUCUUCCUCUGUCUCUCUCUCCUCUUCCUCUGUCUCUAUCUCUCUUCCUCUGUCUCUCCCUUUCCCAGAAUGCCUUUGUAUGUAUCUACUUGAUAAACUGCUUUACUCAGCUAAUAGACAUCUCACCACUUGUCAGACGUGGCUGGAUACACCCACAGGUAACAUUACGCAUACUCAUCAAACAUGUGUGUGUGUGUGUGUGAGUGUGUGUGUGUGUGUGUGUGUGUGUUGUGUGUGUGUGUGUGUGUGUGUGUGGUGUGGUGUGUGUGUGUGUGUGCGCGCUUGCGUGUGUGUGUGUUGUGUGUGUGGUGUGUGUGUGAGUGUGUGUGUGUGAGUGUGUGUGUGUUGUGUGUGUGUGUGUGUGUGUGUGUGUGGUGUGAGUGAUUGAGUGUGAGUGUGGUGUGUGCGCAGCGUUGCGUGUGUGUGUGUGUGUGUGUGUGUGUGGUGUGUGUGUGUGUGUGUGUGUGUGUGUGUGUGUGGUGUGUGGAGAGUGUGGUGAGUGAGUGAGUGAGUGAGUGAGUGAGUGAGUGAGUGAGUGUGUGUGUGUGUGUGUGCGCGCUUGCGUGUGUGUGUGUGUGUGUGUGUGUGUGUGCGCGCUUGCGUGUGUGUGUGUGUGUGUGUGUGUGUGUGUGUGGUGAGUGUGUGUGUGCGCGCUUGCGUGUGUAGUAACACCCAGAAGCUCGUUGUCAUUAUGUGUGUGUGUGUGUUGUGUUCAGGAUUGGAGAGCUGAGGGAAGUAAUGGAUGAUAUCUUGAGGACCCAGUGUGACUACGACCCCGCAUCAGGAGAUUCCUACGACUUUGACAGGUAAAAACAGCUGCAGUAUGUUCCAUUAAGAUGGCUUCCAUGCUCCAGAGUACUCAAACAGAGCACAGAAAUGAGUUUUGAAGGUCGGAUUACGAGUGCACAAUCACAAAACGGAGAAUGCUGAAAGGGACAUAGCUAAAGAUUCUCUCCUCUCCUACAUGUGACAUUUUUACAAUUUAGUCAUUUAGCAGAGAUCGACUUACAGGAGCAAUUAGGGUUAAGUGCCUUGCUCAAGGGCACAUAGACCUUUGGGUUACUGGCACAAUGCUCUUAACCACUAGGCUACCUGCUGCCUCCUCUUCAACGCUCUUCACCUCCCCCUCCCCUCCCCUCAUCUCCCCUCCCCUCCCCUCCCCUCCCCUCAUCUCCCCUCCCCUCCUCUCCCCUCGCCUUGCAGUGACAGGGUCCACGGUGGUCCAGCAGACACAGCCUUCAUCCUGGACUGUGUGUCCUACAAGAGUCCCUUCUCUGAGCAGCUGCUGGUUGAAGAGCUGAGUCUCAAGAUCAGCCAGGGCUCCCAUCUGUUGGUGGUGGGGAACACAGGUAGGGAUAGACAGGUAUAUUAUAAUAUACAGGUAGAGGUAGACAGGUGUAUUAUAAUAUACAGGUAGAGGUAGACAGGUAUAUUAUAAUAUACGGUAGAGGUAGACAGGUAUAUUAUAAUAUACAGGUAGACGGUAGACAGGUAUAUUAUAAUAUACGGUAGGGUAGACCGUAUACUUAUAUAUACGGUAGACAGGACAGGUUAUUUAAUAUACAGUUAGGGGGAGACAGGUAUUUAUAAUAUACAGGUAGAGUAGACAGGUAUAUUAUAAUAGUACAGUAGGGUUGACAGGUAUAUUAUAAUUACAGGUAGGGGUAGACAGAUAUUAUAAUAGGUACAGUGUUAUAAAUACAGGUAGACGGACAGGUAUAUAUAUAUACAGGUAGGGGUAGACAGGUAUAUUAUAAUAUACAGGUAGGGUAGACAGGUAUAUUAUAAUAUACAGGUAGGGGUAGACAGGUAUAUUAUAAUAUACAGGUAGUGUUGGACAGGUAUAUUAUAAUAUACAGGUAGGGGUAGACAGAAUAUACAGGUAGGGGUAGACAGGUAUAUUAUAAUAUACAGGUAGACAGGACAGGUAUAAUAUAAUAUACAGGUAGGUGGACAGGUAUAUUUAAUAUACAGGUAGGGGUAGACAGGUGUAUUAUAAUACAGGUAGAGGUAGACAGUGUAUUAUAAUAUACAGGUAGACAGGACAGGUAUAUUAUAAUAUACAGGUAGGGGUAGACAUGUAUAUUAUAAUACACAGGUAGGGUAGACAGGUAUAUUAUAAUAUACAGGUAGGGGUAGACAGGUAUAUUAUAAUACACAGGUAGGGGUAGACAGGUAUAUUAUAAUAUACAGGAAGGGGUAGACAGGUAUAUUAUAAUAUACAGGUAGAGGUAGACAGGUGUAUUAUAAUAUACAGGUAGAGGUAGACAGGUGUAUUAUAAUAUACAGGUAGACAGGACAGGUAUAUUAUAAUAUACAGGUAGGGGUAGACAUGUAUAUUAUAAUAUACAGGAAGGGGUAGACAGGUAUAUUAUAAUAUACAGGUAGAGGUAGACAGGUGUAUUAUAAUAUACAGGUAGAGGUAGACAGGUGUAUUAUAAUAUACAGGUAGAGGUAGACAGGUAUUAUAAUAUACAGGUAGACAGGACAGGUAUAUUAUAAUAUACAGGUAGGGGUAGACAUGUAUAUUAUAAUAUACAGGUAGGGGUAGACAGGUAUAUUAUAAUACACAGGUAGGGGUAGACAGGUAUAUUAUAAUAUACAGAUAGACAGGACAGGUAUAUUAUAAUAUACAGGUAGACAGGACAGGUAUAUUAUAAUAUACAGGUAGACAGGACAGGUAUAUUAUAAUAUACAGGUAGACAGGACAGGUAUAUUAUAAUAUACAGGUAGGGGUAGACAUGUAUAUUAUAAUAUACAGGUAGACAGGACAGGUAUAUUAUAAUAUACAGGUAGACAAGACAGGUAUAUUAUAAUAUACAGGUAGGGGUAGACAUGUAUAUUAUAAUAUACAGGUAGGGGUAGACAGGUAUAUUAUAAUAUACAGGUAGGGGUAGACAGGUAUAUUAUAAUAUACAGGUAGAGGUAGACAGGUAUAUUAUAAUAUACAGGUAGGGUAGACAGGUAUAUUAUAAUAUACAGGUAGGGGUAGACAGUGUAUUAUAAUAUACAGGUAGAGGUAGACAGGUAUAUUAUAAUAUACAGGUAGGGUAGACAGGUGUAUUAUAAUAUACAGGUAGAGGUAGACAGGUAUAUUAUAAUAUACAGGUAGGGGUAGACAGGUGUAUUAUAAUAUACAGGUAGAGGUAGACAGGUAUAUUAUAAUAUACAGGUAGACAGGACAGGUAUAUUAUAAUAUACAGGUAGGGGUAGACAGUAUUAUAAUAUACAGGUAGCAGUACAGGUAUAUUAUAAUAUACAGGUAGACAGACAGGUAUAUUAUAAUAUACAGGUAGGGGUAGACAUGUAUAUUAUAAUAUACAGGUAGGGGUAGACAGGUAUAUUAUAAUAUACAGGUAGGGGUAGACAGGUAUAUUAUAAUAUACAGGUAGGGGUAGACAUGUAUAUUAUAAUAUACAGGUAGACAGGACAGGUAUAUUAUAAUAUACAGGUAGGGGUGGACAGGUAUAUUAUAAUAUACAGGUAGACAGGACAGGUGUAUUAUAAUAUACAGGUAGGGGUGGACAGGUAUAUUAUAAUAUACAGGUAGGGGUGGACAGGUAUAUUAUAAUAUACAGGUAGGGGUGGACAGGUAUAUUAUAAUACACAGGUAGUGGUGGACAGGUAUAUUAUAAUAUACAGGUAGGAGUAGACAGGUAUAUUAUAAUAUACAGGAAGGGGUAGACAGGUAUAUUAUAAUAUACAGGUAGAGGUAGACAGGUGUAUUAUUACAUUUACAUUUUACAUUUUAGUCAUUUAGCAGACGCUCUUAUCCAGAGCGACUUACAGGAGCAAUUAGGGUUAAGUGCCUUGCUCAAGGGCACAUUUACGUCAUUUAGCAGACACUCUUAUCCAGAGCGACUACAAAUUGGUGCAUUCACCCUAUAGCCAGUGGGAUAACCACUUUACAAUUAUAUAUAUAUAUAUAUUUUUUUUUUGGGGGGGGGGGGGGGGGUAGAAGGAUUACUUUAUCCAAACAUUCCAUAACUGCAGGUGGCAGUAAAUCGCCAACCUUACGCUUUAUACCUGUUCAAACAACACACUCCAGGUGGCAGUAUGCCACCCUUUCAGUUGGUUUACCAACUCAUAGAUAUAGUAGAAGAAUAAAAUCUACUACUUCAAAAUGGAGAUGGCCUCAAUGGCACAUGCUGUCACAGACACCAUAAUGGGACAGAUACAAAGAAGAGUCGUCUAACUACGUCUAUGGUUCAACCCUAAACACAGGCACUGGUAAGACCUCCCUACUGAGGGUCCUGAACCGCUUGUGGGAGGCCGACAGCGGCUAUGUCCAGAUGACGUCGUGUUUCGGUCCCAGGGGAAUACUCUUUCUGCCUCAGAAACCCUACCUAACUGACGGAACGCUCAGAGAACAGGUAGGCACUACAUUACCCAGAAACCCUACCUAACUGACGGAACGCUCAGAGAACAGGUAGGCACUACAUUACCCAGAAACCCUACCUAACUGACGGAACGCUCAGAGAACAGGUAGGCACUACAUUGCCCAGAAGCCUUACCUAACUGACGGAACGCUAACUGAGAACGGUUAGAUAACAUUUAAUUUGUUUGUUUGUUCAUUCAUACUUUGCUCACAACCCUACUCACCAGUUGAGGAAGAGCUGACUAGUUGAGGAAGAGCUGACUAGUUGAGGAAGAGCUGACUAGUGCAAUAGAAUUUAACUAACUUAUUUUUUCUCUCUCUUCAACAGGUGAUCUACCCUCUGAAGGAGAUCUACCCUCUAUCAGGUAUCGUCUUGUGAAAUAGCAUUCUCAGGGCCCCAUUUUGACAUUUAAGAGAAAGUGUCACUAGGAGGCUUCUCCUAGUUCAAACCUUCUCCGUGUUUUUUUCACAGGGUCAGUGGAUGACGAGAGAAUCAUACAGUACCUGGAACUAGCUGGAGUGGUGAGUGUAUAUUAGCAUACUUACGGUCUCACUCUGUACGCUUUUACUAUAUUUACGGUUAUUCUAAGGUUCUGUGUCUGAACUUGAACCCUCUCUGAUGUUCUAGUCUAGUAUCCUGAAGAGGACAGGAGGACUGGAUGAGCCUGUGGACUGGAACUGGUAAGAAACAAACAAAUGGCAAAUGUGGUCUGACUGUCUUGUAGCUUUAGUACUACAUAUACAGUCAGGUCCAACAUGAUGGGCACCCUUGAUAAAGACUGUAAAAUAAACAAUACAAAUACUGAGCUAUAUUGUAUGCUAAGACUAAUACAAUACAAUUGGUUAGAGAAAGAGAUAUUGUUUAACAAGUAAUAAAAACAAUCUAAAAAAAGAUAGCUGUAUUUGUUAUUUUAUCAAGGGUGCCAAUAAUGUCGGACCUGACAGUACGUAGGGCUUUAGAUGGUGGACUGUAAAUGGCUGACUUCCUGUCUCUGCAGGUAUGAUGUUCUGUCUCCAGGGGAGAUGCAGAGGCUUUGCUUUGCACGCCUCUUUUACCUGCAGCCUAAAUACGCAGGUCUGUACCCUACCCACAUUACCAUCGAUGCUAACCAUAUGAUACAAUGCAUCUUUAAACUCAUGAAGAGUGUAAUGACUACAUUAGAGCUAAGGUGGAGAUAAUUCAACUUCGGUUGAUUCAAGACAUCAAAUACAAAAUUCAGUGUAUAAACAGGAACUCUGGCUCUUUUUGUCAGUGCUAACUCCGUGUGUGUGUGUGUGUGUGUGUGUGUGUGUGUGUGUGUGUGUGUGUGUGUGUGUGUGUGUGUGUGUGUGUGUGUGUGUGUGUGCCAGUGUUGGAUGAGGCGACCAGUGCCCUGACGGAGGAGGCAGAGGGGCAGAUGUACCGAACAUGUAAGCAGCUGGGAAUGACCCUGGUCAGCCUGGGACACCGCAGCAGCCUGGAGAAGGUACACAAGUUGACAUAAGCUUUAUGUAGUGCUUAUUCAUGUGUUUUGUAGUGCUUAUGUAUGUGUUAUGAAUGUGUUAUGAAGGGUUAUGAAUGUGUUAUGAAGGAUUAUGAAUGUGUUAUUAAGUCCUUUCUGACUGUUCCCCCUGCAGUACCAUGACGUCUCGUUGAAACUGUGUGGAGAGGGACGCUGGGAGCUGACCAAGCUAAAAUAGGAGUGAUGCUUGAAAUAAUGACUGGCCACAACCCAACCAAAACACAACCACAUUUUUUUAGAUUUAGUCUUAGUCAUUUUGACUAAAUUUUUUACAUUUUAGUCAU